AAUCAUUUCAAACCCCAUUCGCUCUCCUAUCACUACAAAUCCCUCCUUUUAUGCUUUCCCUUGCCUCCACCUUUCUUCCCAUAAAUACCUUCUCCACCUUUGGCAUAUUUUUCAAACAAUUCAUUUCAUACCCCAUAUAGCACACACUCCCGCACCCAUGUCUGUCGCAGCUCUUUCAGAGGCAGAUAAAAUUUACAAGAAGUCCUUCCACCGGAGGAAUGAUUCUGGCGAGCUUGAUGUUUUUGAAGCUGCAAGGUAUUUCUCCGGCGGCAAUGAAAUUAUUGGGUACAAUGGUGCAGCUUUUCCUCAGAGGAUGAUGAUGAGAGAAGAGAGGCAAGGUUGGAGAGGAGGAAGAAUUAGCUUGGAUAUGCCGAUGAGGAGCUCGCUACCGACACAGUCAUCUCAUGCUGUGGAAAAACAAAUGAAAGAGAAGAUCAAAUACAAACAACCCAGCUCUCCUGGUGGCAGACUCGCUAGCUUCUUGAAUUCUCUUUUCAAUCAAACAAACUCCAAGAAGAAGAAAUCAAAGUCCACAGCACAGUCGAUCAAGGAUGAAGAGGAGAGCCCGGGUGGGAGGAGGAAAAGGAGGAGCAGCAUUAGCCAUUUCCGGAGUUCCAGCACUGCUGAUUCCAAGUCCGUGUAUUCUUCCUCAAGUUCUGGCUUUAGAACUCCCCCUCCUUAUGCAAAUACUCCCACAAAGACCUACAAGGAUCUCAGAAGCUAUUCAGAUCACAGGCAAGUGGUGUCUCUCCCAAACUACAACAACGGCAAUGUAAAAGCUACUGGCUUACGAAACGAGGCCUUGGACGAGAAGAGAAUCAAAGAGUUGGUUUGGCUGGACGAGAAAUUCAAAUUCAGCAGUGGGUUUUCAGAGAAACACAAAAAUUUCAGCAACGGGCUUUCAGAGAAAGAUAGGAUUUGGGUUGAUGAGUAUCCAUCAGAGGAGAAGGAAUUCAGAAAGUUGGAUGAGAUUGAUGCCGGUGCGGAGAGUGAUUCAAGCUCUGAUCUAUUCGAGCUGCAGAACUAUGACUUGGGUUGCUACUCAAGUGGCUUACCCGUAUAUGAGACCACCCACAUGGACAGCAUCAAGAGAGGAGCACCCAUUUCCAAUGGCCCCCUACCCCUAUAAUAAUUCUGUAUAUUUUUCUCCUCCUCAUUCAUGAUCACUUCUUUGCUCCAAUUCAUGUUGAUUGGAAGUUGCGAGAAGGCCAAAAAAAAUGUUGAGUUCUUGUCAAAUAGUUUCCUUUUUUUUUCUUUUUCCCUUUUUUUCCUUUUCUGUUACAGGCUCUUGAAAGUUCCUCCACUUCUUUCUCUGUAUGUACAGUUGGGAAUGUCUGCUUGUCUUCCAUUUCCGUUUUUUGUUUUUUAA